AACACCAAUUGAAAGAUAAACAUCAUUGUAUACAUGUUUUUCAAGUAAUCUUAUUUUUUUCUCAAUAAACAAAUAUUAAUUAAAACAGCCAAUUGAUAUUUAACAAUAUCAUAAAACUCGAAGGUUAAAAGAAGAUUAUUCAAAUAUUCAUAUACAUUUUAAAAGAGCAAAAUUCUUGUUGCACGUCAUUUGUAACAUUGCCAAACAGUCUUGUAAAUGACUUUGUUGUAUACGCAGUAAGAUAAUAUUAAUGAAAUUAAAUGACUUUGCAUAAUUGUAUAUUUCUGAUGAUCGGGACUUCUGCGCUGACGUGAGAUUACACCAGAAAAUGUUUUCAGUGCUUUGCGCAUCAUUCUCUGUUUGCUUCACGUUUGUGCAGUAUUCAUUUUAUUUUGAUUAAUUAGUGUUUUUUAAACUUUGAUUUUUCUCCAAUCGAAAUGAGAUGUUACAGGUAUGACAGCGUACCAAAUCAAAUUUAUUACUUGACUUUAACUAUUUAUCUUAUAUCUAUCAGUUAACAACAAAAAUGAUAUAUUAACGAAUUCAAAUUAGGAAAAUCCAUAAUAUGUAAUAAUAAGGCUAUAUAGUCCCUUACGCAUUACACUGUUUCAAAUCCUUCAUUUUCUUGCAUAUUGUGUAAAUUAUGCAUAAUAUGCUUAUCUUUUGAGUUGUAAGUGUCUGUAUCAAAGAGGGAAGCUUGAUUUGACAUUUUUUUAUUUCCAUCAUUUUUUAAGUUACAAAAUUAUUUGAGCAUGGCUGUGACUUGUUACUCAAUAUAGUUUUGUUAUAUGAAAGCAGAAAUAUGAUCGCUCGAAAUACCAAAACGCUUAACUUUUCGUUUCAUUAAUAUCAGCAAAUUUACAUUCUGCUACUUUGAACAGUUCACAUUUUGAUACGUCGAAUUAAAAAAAUCUUUUUAAAUGGCCGACAAAUUAUAAGCAUCUUAAUAUUUGACUUCUGUAUAUACUAUAGACACCGACAUACCACCGUAGGUACAGUCACUAUAACUUAACAUCCGAUUUACUACGACUGCUGAACAACUUCUUACCAGAAGUCGGUGAAUGCAACUUCGUUAAACAGAGGAUUUAUCUUGAUAAAGUUCCUUAACGUUAAUUAGCCACUAACAAACAUGCGGUCGAACUACUACAUACUACCACUAUUAGCAGCUGUGGUACUUUUCAUCAGCAUUGAUAAUUUCUAUUUUGGAGUGUCUCUAUUAUGGACAAUGAAGGUCUCCAUUGUACUGUACCUCGUUAUUUUCGGACUUUUACCUUUGAUAUUCCAUUACUCAUACGACAUACAAAGAAAAAUAUUGUUCUUGAACUUUGUGUACUGGCCACGUGAUAUAAAUUUAUCUAAGCCAGAAGAAGUAGGAGUUGUGGGUGCCAGAAACUUUUACUUAAAGACUCAUCAAGAUGUGAAAAUAGGGGCAUGGCAAAUCUUACCUCAGUCUCUAUUAAAUAGUACCAUUCCAAUGACUGAUGAAGAUUAUGAAGCUGUAUUAAGCAAUGCUGAACGUCCUGUAUUCUUGUAUAUGCAUGGAAAUAGUGGUAACAGAGGCAGUGGUCAUAGAGUGGAAUUGUAUAAUCUCUUCCAAAGUCUAGAUUAUCACGUUGUAUGCUUUGAUUAUAGAAGUUACGGUGACAGUGACAAUGUGGAGCUUUCUGAAUAUGGAGUAGUUGCGGACAGCAAAUAUGUGAUUGAGUGGCUUCUCAAAAAAGUAAAUGGCGCAGCACCAGUUUUUAUUUGGGGACACUCAUUAGGAACAGGAGUAUCAUCACACGCUUUAGCACUAUUAGCAGAAGAGGGAAUAAAUCCUGCAGGCUUGUUUCUUGAGUCACCAUUUAAUAAUAUAGCUGAUGAACUGACUGAACAUCCAUUUGCACGGAUAUUUAGACAUUUACCAUGGUUCCAUUGGGUUAUCGUCGAACCAUUCUACAACAAUAAUUUAAGAUUUGAAUCGGACAAACACAUUACAAAGAUUAAGUGUCCCGUGAUGAUAUUACAUGCAGAAGACGAUGGAGUUGUACCUUUUUCUUUAGGUGAAAAGCUUUAUAAUGCGGCUUCACAAUAUCAUGGAAAUGAUUCAAAUCGUAUUAAAAUGUCAAGAAUAGAUUCGUCAUAUGGACUUGGGCAUAAAUACAUCUGUCGAUACAAAGAGUUACCAAAUAUAAUUCAAACGUUUGUUUCCCAAGCAUUUAGAAACAACACUACAUGAAGUGUUUGACCAAAGGCCAAGAAAUGUAGUAUAAUAUUUUUACCGGAAUUAUUUGGUAAACUUACUCAAUUUUCAUUUGAUAUUUCACUUGAAGACAGUAAGCAUUUCAGAAAAUCAAAAUCAAAAUACUUUUUGCUCAUAAUGAUAAGUAAUAUUUUUAUAAUUCACAAAAGAUAAUUUAUCAGUUGAAUAUUCAAGACAUACAACAGGCAGAUAAUAGAUAGUUGCAACAUGACUGUAGGAGUAUUUUCAUAAUGUCAUUUAAAUGAAUUUAGGAAAAUUACAUAUUAAAUUUUCUUCAUUCGCAUGUGUGAUAUUUCCAAAGAACUUAAUUGCGCGAAUUAAUGUGAAUUUGUUUAAUCAAUUUCCUGCGGCUUAUUGGAGUUAUCAACAUUAUUUCAAUUUGUUUCUUCUAAAAAAAUUAUAAAUAAGCAUAUUGUAAAUUGACUAUAAGUCGGCAUACAAAAGUACCGUACUUUAAUUUCAAUCACACAUUUAGGCUCGAUUCCUCCGAUACAAAGAAUUAUCUACGAGAUUAACCAAUCAUUUGCAUUUUGAAUAUAAACCGCGUUCAUGUAAUGAAUUGUGUCGAAGGAAUCGGAUCUUAGAGUAGAUCAUGCAACUGAAUCGCGGUUAUUGCAUCUAAAUUUAAUCGAUGGAUAACAGAAAUCAGUCCAUACGGCUGGCUAAAAUUCAAGAAUCGUCAUCGUAGCCUCUUUAUCUAGUGCAUAUAUGUUAUACAUAUAUAUUUGUAUAUCUUUUAAGUAAUAGUAUUUAAAAUGAUAUUAGUAGCGUAGCCUAUUAGAACAUUUAAUUUAUUAUCUAUCUUCCUAUUAUGUUUCUAGAUGUUCCUAAUACGUAUUUACCAUUCCUUAUAUUUGCGCAAGAAAAUGUCAUAGGAUAUAAGGUAUAAUAAACAAAACAAUUAUCAUGAA